AUGUCUCGUUCACGUGGCACAACUGUAAGUGGUAAAUCAAAUAUACAUCAUGACACUGCAAAUCGACGUCACUCUGACACUGACACAAUGGUACAGCAGGCUCAUUUACCAAAAAGAACAGAGUCACCUCGGGAGCCUCUGCAAUCAUGUGACGAAGAAAUUCCACAAUUAUUUUGCCAGUUGGAUAUACUUCGUCGAUCGGAAGACGCAGAUUAUGCCUAUUGGAAAGAAAAGGCUCGAUGGGUGCGAUUCGAAGAAAUCGCAGAAAAUGUUCUUGGCCGAUGGUCGAAACCCCAUGUUGCUACAUUGAUGCAAUCCGCUUUAUUAGAUUUGAAAAAUCUUCUUCAAGAGGGUGUUAUUCUACUUAAUCCAACAGCAAGCGAUUUACCAACGAUUUCACAAGCUAUUGUUCAGUCAAUGAUUGAAAAAAACUAUUUUCAAUCUACUGCACAUGCACAGAAACUUGUAUGGAUACUUGGUUUACCACAUUUUCAUCAUCACGAAAAGCGUUCUGUGACCAAAACUGCUAGUUCCGUUAGUCUCUCGAGGCAAGGUCUUCAUCCCAGUCCUAGUUUUGUUAUUAACAAUAAUCUUAAUCGACCGGGUGAUGAUGCUGAAGUGUUAGCAACACGUUCAACUGGAAAACCAUCAGGCUCGGCCGAUUUAACACCAGCUGAUCAAGAAGAUACAAAUAGUUUAUCACCCUCAUCACCAAAAUAUUGGACAAAAUUCAAUAGGAAUCUUCAGAAAAGACUACAAUGUGAAAUUACAAAAGAAAAUCGAUAUAAGCCAACAGUGGUGUUCGUUCGUUUACAAAAAGCAACUGAUAUUCCUGGCAUGCUCGAAAUCAAGCUUCCAACGCGUUUUCUUGUUGUCAUUAUUGGACCUGAAGACAGCGAAAAGCAAUUACUACAAAUAGGACGAACAAUGGCGACAAUUUUAACAGACGAUAUUUGUCGGGAAUUUGCUUAUGUGGCAAGAGAUUUCAGCGAAAUUAUCAAAAUGAUGGAUAGAUUCAUGCAAGACACCUAUGUCAUUCCGCCAUCCGAAUGGGAUCCAACAAUUCGUAUUGAACCACCACCAAAAUAUACGAGCAAAGAAGAACGACAGGCACAAACGGCGGAGGAAAUCGUUGCACAAGUUGAAGAAAUUGAUUUAACUCCUCAUACAGAUCCGAAUUUAAUCGCAUCAAAAAGACCAUUUCAUGGACUAAUAAUGGAUAUUCGCACUAAACUUCCAUUUUUUCUAUCCGAUUUCACUGACUGUGCUAGUUUACAAUGUUUAGCAGCUACACUUUAUCUCUACCUCGUAUGUCUCUGUUCGGUAGUGGCAUUUGGUGGUAUGUUAGGGACAGCAACAGAAAAUUAUAUGGCUACUAUGGAAUGUAUUCUUGCUGCUUCGAUUAGUGGUAUUUUAUUUAGUUUAUUUGCUGGUCAACCUCUCAAUAUCCUCUCUGCUACUGGUCCCAUGUUAAUUCUCGAACGAAUUAUUGAACAUAUGUGCAAAGACUACCGGGUUAAUUAUCUGGAAUUUCGUUUAUGGAUUGGCAUGUGGAUCUUCUUAUUUCUUCUGAUAUUCGUUACAUUCAAUCUUAGCUUUCUUGUUAAGUACAUUACACGGUUCACCGAAGAUUGUUUCGCAUCUUUAGUCGCAUUGAUCUUCAUAUACGAUGCCAUUCGUGAAAUUUUGAAGAUUCGUAAAAUUUAUCCUGUUAAUUACCGACCUAAUGUACUAUUGGAUUACUCGUGUUCAUGCUUAUUCACCGAUAUUGGAUACAAUGAGACAACUCUCAACGAUACGAAUAUUGUCGAUUAUUUAUUUAAUGGAACUAACUUGAAUAAAACUUCGCAGAUCGUAUGCACAAAGGCAGGCGGUUUUGUUGUUGGCUCCGGUUGUUCAACGCCCGUCUAUCAUGCUGAUAUCUUCUUCUUUUCUGUACUUCUAUUUGUGUUUACAUUCUUCAUCUGCAUGGGACUACAAGAAUUCCGCCAGAGUACAUUCUUUCCAACGAAAAUUCGAACGAUUCUCAGUGAUUUUGCUGUUCUUAUUGCUAUUGUUCUUAUGUCUUCUUGGGAUGCGUAUUUACGACUGAAUACACCGAAAUUACAUGUCCCAACAGAUAUCAUCCCAACACGGCCACACGAUCGAGGAUGGUUGAUUCCAUUUUUUGGCAAGAACGCUUUAUGGACGAUACCUUUAGCAAGCAUUCCGGCUAUGAUAGCAACGAUCUUGAUUUUCAUGGAUCAGCAAAUAACAGCGGUGAUAAUCAAUCGAAAAGAAUUCAAAUUAAAAAAAAAACUUGGCUAUCAUCUGGAUUUAUUUGUUUUAUCGAUUACAAUUCUAAUACAAUCCAUACUUGGUUUACCAUGGUUUGUUGCCGCCACAGUGUUAGCUUUGACACAUGUCAAUGCAUUGAAGAUCAUGAGUGAAAAUUCCGCACCGGGAGAAAAACCAAAAUUCGAAGGAAUUCUUGAACAACGUGUUAGCGCCUUGCUAAUGGCUAUACUUACCGGUUUAAGUGUUUUCUUCACGCAUAUUCUAGGUUUCAUUCCAAUGCCGGUUCUUUAUGGUGUCUUCAUGUUCAUGGGUGUAACGGCUUUACGGAAUAUGCAAGUUUUCGAUCGUAUUCUCUUGUUCUUUAUGCCACAAAAGCAUCAACCGGAUCAUCCAUAUCUACGACACGUACGCAUCGGACGUGUUCAUCUAUUUACUGUGAUUCAAGUUGUUGCAUUAGCUGGCAUGUUUGCCGUGAAAAGCAUCAAAUCAGUUGCUAUCUGUUUCCCGUUACUAGUAUUAGCCACAUGUUUCGUGAGAAAACUAAUGGAUAGAAUUUUCACGCAAGAAGAACUUUAUUGGCUUGAUGAUAUUCUACCUGGUACCAAUGUCGGUCGAAUUCGUCGAUUUUCGGCACCUCGAAAUGUACGAAUCCCGAAAAUCUCGGAAGAUGUCAAUGCUCAAAAGAAAUCAAUACUACCUGAUACCUUUCAUACGUCAUCAUUCCAUAGUUUUGAUGGAAUAAAUCGUGAUAUCGUAGAAGAUAGUCUAUCAAAUAUCACUGAGGUAUUCAAACGACAUCGUAGCGAUGGCUACAAACCGAAUGGAACGUCUUAUCAGACAUCUAAUCCAUUAAUUGUUAUUACUGACGCAUCAUCAGCAAAGAUAAUUGAAGAAGCUGAACAUUUAAUGCAUCGUGAUUUAUCGCUCGACCGAUACCGUGAAGAAAAAUCGAAAACUGGUCAACCGACAGUGUGA